GUUGCUUUCGUCGUUGUCCAGAUCCUCCGCCGUGAAUUAACUAUAUCAAGAAAGUGGUCUUUAUAUUCCGAUUCUGCUAGCUCUCUAGCUUUUCUAAAGCCUCUCAUCAACUCGGUCGAACUAUCCCUUCGUCGCUUCCUUCAUCCACACCCGCACCAUGGUGGACAGCAAAAUACCUGAGCCGGGACCAGCCAAACUAAAGCGCAAUGCUGGUCCAGACGAAUGGCUGGAGGCAGCAAAAGAUUGCAAGUAUCUGUCAGAACAACACAUGAAGCAGCUUUGCGAGAUCGUCAAGGAGUACAUGAUGGAAGAAUCAAAUAUCCAGCCCGUAUCGACACCGGUCACGGUUUGCGGCGACAUCCACGGCCAAUUUUACGAUUUGCUUGAGCUUUUCCGGGUAUCGGGCGGAAUGCCCGACGGGUCUGAGGCGGAGGCCCCGAAGACGCAGUCAGCUGUCAUUACAUCGGACGAUAUCGAACCUCCCUCCACGAUCUCAGAUCCCAAGCUACGAAAGAAGCUGAGAAAUGCCACUGCGCCGGAGGGGGAAGGCGAAGACUCGAGUGCAAGCCAAAGAGACCGGUCCUCGAGCUCUGGGUCAAGAGAUGUCGAGCUCAAGCGGAACUUUGUGUUCUUGGGUGACUAUGUCGAUCGUGGAUACUUCAGUCUGGAAACCCUGACAUUGUUACUGUGUCUCAAAGCCAAAUACCCCGACCGGGUAACACUUGUUCGCGGAAAUCACGAGUCUCGUCAGAUUACGCAGGUAUACGGGUUCUACGAGGAAUGCUUUCAGAAGUACGGAAAUGCCUCCGUAUGGAAGGCUUGUUGUCAAGUGUUUGACUUCAUGACAUUGGGUGCCAUCAUCGACGGUAGAGUGUUGUGUGUACAUGGAGGAUUGAGUCCAGAGAUCAGGACCUUGGACCAAGUUCGUGUGGUUGCCAGAGCCCAGGAGAUUCCGCAUGAAGGCGCCUUCUGUGACCUUGUGUGGUCAGACCCAGACGAUGUGGAAACAUGGGCUGUCAGCCCCAGAGGAGCCGGCUGGCUGUUCGGUGACAAGGUGGCCGACGAAUUCUGUCAUGUCAACGACUUGACAUUGAUCGCCCGAGCGCAUCAGUUGGUGAAUGAGGGCUACAAAUAUCAUUUCGCGAACCAAAAUGUGGUUACUGUGUGGAGUGCGCCCAACUAUUGUUACCGAUGCGGAAAUCUAGCGUCCGUCUGCGAGAUUGGUGACGACCUCAAACCGACGUUCAAGUUGUUCAGUGCUGUCAGCGACGACCAACGACAUGUUCCCGUAUCGCGGCCGGGCCGCAGCGAGUACUUUUUGUAGAAUACCUUUUUCGCGCAUCUCCCUUUUGGCAUAUUUUCUGAGAAUUCCGGGAGAUACCUGAUCCGCAUCGACGCUGGCGUCCUAGCAUACUUGAUGGUCUGUCUUAUUUGCCAGUGUGGGCAGUGAUGAUGAUUUAUAUAAUGAUCUUAGACACCGCUAACGAGACUUUCAUCUUUUGGGCCCAAGAGGGCAGCAUGAUUACUCGCUCCAUCAGCUUCUAUGCUUCCACUUUGAUACCUUGCAUGCCGUGCAAUAGACUGUAUCC